AAAAAGGAUUCAACUUUCUCUGAGAUGGUAUAUUUCCAGAACUCAAUCUCACUCAUAGACCAAUCUCCAAACAUGGCUCACUCUGCAGAUUUCAAUCAUCAUCAUUCAAAACACUCAAGAAGCAUCAACAAGAGAUCAUCAUCCUCAUCAUCAUCAUCGAGCUGUUCUUCAAGUUUCUCAGUCUGCUGUGACGGAUCUAGAUCAGCUGCAAUCGAUGUUUUGAUCUUGAUCGCUGUGAUCACAUCUUCCGGGUUCUUGAUCUUCCCUUACAUCAAAUUCAUCACUGUCAAAUCUCUCGAGAUCUUCUCAGAGCUUUCUUGUUUAGUCAAAGAAGAGAUCUUGCGUAACCCUGAUCCUAUUGUCUAUGGUUUGAUAGCUUUGAGCAUCUCAUGCACUGCUUUAUCUGCUUGGAUGAUUGUUAUACUCUUGUGUAGUCGUCAUAGAUGUGGGAAACCCAAUUGUAAAGGGCUUAGGAAAGCGAAUGCUGAGUUUGACAUUCAGUUAGAGACUGAGGAUUGUGUUAAGAGCAGCAACAGUGGGAAGAGUGUUAGCAAGAAAGGGUUGUUUGAGUUGCCUCGUGAUCACCACCAUGAGCUAGAGGCAGAGCUGAAGAAGAUGGCUCCACCUAAUGGAAGAGCCGUGCUGGUUUUUCGGGCGAAAUGCGGGUGUUCGGUUGGGAGAUUAGAGGUUCCUGGACCUAAGAAGCAGCAACUGCAGCAAAGGAAGGUCAAGAAAUGAAGCAGAAAAGGUUCAGUCUUUUUGAAGUAAAGAUAAUGAUCAUUACAGGGGUAUGAUGAUGAUGAUGACGAUGAUGAUUAGCUUAUAAACAACUUUUGCUCUUUUGGGUUUAGUGUUUUUUUUUCUUUCACAACAACUUCUUACACAAACUAAUAUAUGUUUAAAUCUCCAUGUGUUUAAAUAAAAGCUUUACAUUUAGAGGA